CCCCCCUACUCUAUUAUGAAUGCCUUCUUGCAAAGACUUGGACUGGUGGGUUCUUACUCGCUGGGGAAACUCUCCACCAAUCAAGUCUUGAUGAACUUUCAUCAAGAUGAAGAUUACCAAAGGGUAUUCCUCAGACAAACCUGGAAGGUUGGGAAUCAAACCAUGGUGGUCACUAAAUGGACACCAGAUUAUGAGGAAGGAGCUGACUGUCUAGUGGUUCCAUUUUGGGUUUCUUGUCCUAAACUUCCCAUCUUUCUGCACGACAAAAGGGCCCUGUCCUUAAUUGCUUCUUCCAUUGGUAAACCUCUUAAGGUAGAUGAGAACACACUCAAUUUCUCUCGUCCAGAUUUGGCGAGAUUCUGUGUUGAAAUUGAUGUCUCACUACCACCACCCUCAAGGGUUCAUGUCAAACUUGGCAAUAAAGAUGUUUUCUAUCCCUUCAUUUUUGAGAACUUCCCUCUGUAUUGCUCAUACUGUAAGAAAUUGGGUCAUUCUCAGUCUAGUUGCAGAAACCUUCAUCUCCAAAAUGGGGAAGAAGAACCGGUUCUUGGAAAUGGGAAAAAACAGGCCACAUGUAAGGAAAGUGAACCGGUUCAAAAAGAGACAUGGACAAAGGUGAAGUCCAAAAAAAAGGGCCUCAUGCUUGAAUGGAGAAAAAGGACUGCCCUAUUGUCUGGCCCGGGUGAAAGCUCCAAGCCAGAGAGGAAUUCCAAGCAACUAGAAAUCCAAACAUUAAAUGCUGAGGUUCUGGGGCCUGACACAAGUUUAUUGGGGUCAUAUGGGACUAUUUUGGACUCAACCAAUUUGGGGUCUGGCCCUGCUAAUAUUCCUGAUGGCCUAAUUACAGCAGACCCAGGCCCACUUCCAGUCAUAAAUGCAGACCUUUCUCUGGUCCUCUGGAAGCCACUUCCUUUGAUCUCAAAAUCCAGAUUCUCCCCUCUUUCAUCAUUAGAUGAGGACUCAGAUUUUGAAGACUUGGGGGUAGUUCAGGAUUUGCCAACCAACACCAUUGAGGUUCCUGCAGUUGAAAUUACACAACACAAUCAAACAUCUAUCAAAUCUAGGCUGAGGGAUCUGCCUUGGAUAGUAGGGGGAGACUUUAACACCAUUCUUUCACUCACAGAACAUAAGGGUUUUGGCACUCCUUGUACUAAUAGUAUUGAUGACUUCAAAGACUGCAUCUCCAGUUGUAAUCUACAAGACCCUGAGCUUAAAGGCAACCUCUUUACCUGGAUGGGUAACAGAUCUAGAGGAAGAGUACUAUGCAGACUUGAUAGGAUCCUUAUCAACCAAGCAACCUUAGACCUUUUCUCAGAAGUUUUUCUCUAUCACUUGGGAAGGACAACUUCUGACCACAAGGCUCUACUGCUUGACUGGAACAUGAUUGAUUAUCAUGGUCCUAAACCCUUCAGAUUUCUCAAUGCUUGGACCCUUGAUUCUAGCUUCUAUGAGAUGGUGAGGUCUCACUGGAAUACAGUCCAUUAUGGUAGGGGAAUGAGAGGCUUGGCGAACAAACUUCAGACUCUGAAAAAGGCAAUCAGGGACUGGAAUACACAUCACUUUGGAGAUAUUUUUAAAGAAGUUUUAGAAGCAGAAGCAGCAGCAACUCAAGCCCAGGAUAAAUUUGAACAAGAGAAAAACUCUAUUAAUAGAGAAGCUGCAAAUUUGGCAAAUGCUAAACUAUUACUAGCUUGUAAGAAGGAGGAGAGUUAUUGGUCCCAAAAGGCCAACAUUAAAUGGCUAGCUCAAGGGGAUGCAUCCACAAAAUUCUUCCACUCUUAUGUCAAAGGAAAAAGAAGAAGAAGCAGUAUCAAAUUUAUCACUGAUUCUAAUGGCAAACAACUGUUUGAUCAGGCAGAGAUCUCCAACUACAUAGCCAACCAUUUUGAACACUCUUUCACAGAGAAACACAGGGGGAAUAUGCAGCCUAUUAUUCAACAUAUUCCUAAUCUUAUCACAGAAGUGGAUAACCAAUUAUUAGUAAGAUUCCCUUCUGAAGAUGAAAUCAAGGGUGCCCUGUGGCAACUGAAUCCCAACAGCUCUGCAGGCCUGGAUGGAUAUAAUGGUGAGUUUUUUAGACAUUUUUGGGAUAUCAUUAAAGAAGAUCUUAUUAGUGCUAUUCAAGAAUUCUUUUUAGGCAUCCCUAUCCCCAAGGCAUUUGGUAGCACUUUUAUUACUCUCAUUCCCAAGACAGAAGGUGCUAAAAAUAUUGGUCAUUACAGGCCUAUUGCCCUGUCUAGUUUUUUCAGCAAGUUGAUAUCCAGAAUCUUAUCCAAUAGGCUUGCGGGGUUACUAGAAAAAAUCAUCUCUCCUGAGCAAGCAGGAUUCCAGAAAGGCAAGGGUAUUGAGGAACACAUCCUCUUGACCAAUGAACUCAUGCUCCACCUUCAGUCCAAAGUCAGAGGGGGGAAUAUCAUGGUCAAACUAGACAUGGCUAAGGCAUUUGAUAAAAUGUCCUGGACAUACCUAGAAGCAAUUCUUAAAGCCUUUGGUUUUAAUGAACAAGCCACCUCACUUCUCUUACAAAAUUUGAGAGCUACCCAUCUUUCCAUUCUUAUUAAUGGUAAGCCUACUGGAUACUUCAAAAUUAAUAGAGGAGUGAAGCAAGGGGAUCCUCUCUCUCCUCUCCUCUUCAUUAUUGGUUCAGAAGGUUUUAGUAGAGUCCUGUACCAUGCUAUUUCUACUGGGUUCAUAUCCCCUUACAAAGCUGGUAAACAGAAGGUGGUCUCUCAUCUUGCUUUUGUAGAUGAUCUAAUUGUCUUCCUUAAGGGUGACAUUAAAAAUCUCCUCAGGUUUAACUAUGUUCUCUCUAGUUAUCUCAUUGCUUCUGGUCAGGAAGUCAACAAGUCUAAGAGUCAUCUCUACUGCAACAGAAAAGUGACCCUUCAGUACAAAAACAGAGUGGAAGAGGCAUUGGGUAUCAAGGUUGGGAAUCCACCCUUUAAGUAUCUUGGAUCAACUAUUACUCCUGGGAAACUCAAAAAAAUCCACUGUGAGCAGAUUCUCAACCAUUUUGAAGGGUAUCUCAAUAGCUGGUAUAGUAGAACUCUUAAUCCCAUGAGCAGGCUUAUUCUAAUUAAGCAUGUUCUUAGUGCUAUCCCACUGCAUACCAUGGCAGUUCAGGAUCUCCCUAAAUCUGUUAUUACCUCUAUUCAAAUUUCCUUGGCUAACUUCUUUUGGGGCUCCAAUAUGGGCAAGAACAAAAGGCAUUGGGCUAAGUGGACUAGGAUCUGCAAGCCAACAGGAGAGGGAGGUAUUGGAACUAGGAGCCUUGAGGACAUUCAAAAGGCCUCAGCACUGGUGGAAGGUUAACACUACUGGAUCUCUCUGGGCCACCUAUGUUAGACAGAAAUAUUAUAGAGAUGGCUCCUUUGAAGCAAAAAUCUAUGAUUCUGCUUCCUGGAAGAGAAUCUGCAGAAUUGCCUGAAUUGGUCUCCAACAUACAACUCGAGCUAACAACUCAGUUA